AUGGAAGACCUGCUGGAAAACCUUGAUGAACAGGACACUGACAUUUUGGAACCAGUGUUGAACGGUGUAUCUGUUGCCAUCCUCACCAUCCUACAAGAUGACGAUCCCGAGAUGAAGAAUAAGGAAGGAAAGGAGGAGAGGCAAGAAGGGAGAAAAAUGGAAGGAAAGGAGGGAGAGAUGAAUGGGAUUCCCGGGAAGAAGUGUGGAGUGAUUAUACUAACAGCGGAGGAGCUCAGUAACUGCCGGGACAUUGCCACCAUGCAGCUGUGUGCCAACAAACUGGACAAGAAGGACUUCUUUGGCAAGUCUGAUCCCUUCUUAGUCUUCUACCGGAGCAACGAGGAUGGAACGUUCACCAUCUGCCACAAGACGGAGGUGAUCAAGAACACUCUGAACCCAGUGUGGCAGCCCUUCACCAUCCCGGUCCGAGCGCUCUGCAAUGGAGACUAUGACAGGACGGUGAAGGUGGACGUGUUCGACUGGGACAGAGAUGGAAGUCAUGAUUUCAUCGGGGAGUUCACCACCAGCUACAGGGAGCUGUCCCGGGGCCAGAACCAGUUCAACGUCUACGAGGUGACGCUUCUCUCCUUCAAAGUGGAGUCAGAAUAUACGUUUGUGGACUUCAUUCGCGGCGGAACACAACUCAACUUCACUGUGGCUAUUGACUUCACUGCAUCUAAUGGUAAUCCAUCGCAGCCGACCUCUCUGCAUUAUAUGAGCCCGUACCAGAUGAACGCCUACGCCAUGGCCCUAAAAGCAGUGGGCGAGAUUAUCCAGGACUACGACAGUGACAAGCUCUUCCCUGCCUACGGCUUUGGGGCUAAGCUGCCCCCCGACGGCAAGAUCUCUCACGGGUUCCCACUGAAUGGAGACGAUGUGAACCCAAACUGUGUGGGCAUCGAGGGCGUUCUGGAGUCGUACUUCCAGAGCCUGCGGACGGUGCAGCUGUACGGUCCCACCAACUUUGCCCCCGUCAUCAACAAAGUGGCCAACUGUGCAGCGGAGAUCACAGACGGCUCGCAAUACUUCGUCCUCCUGAUGAUCACCGACGGAGUCAUCUCAGACAUGGUCCAGACCAAGGAGGCGGUGGUCAACGGUUCCUCUCUCCCUCUGUCCAUUAUCAUCGUGGGAGUCGGCCCGGCAGAGUUUGAUGCCAUGGAGGAGCUCGACGGAGACGACGUGAGAGUAUCCUCCAGAGGACGUCUUGCCGAGAGAGAUAUUGUGCAGUUCGUUCCCUUCAGAGACUACAUCGACCGAUCGGGAAACCAGGUCCUGAGCAUGGCCCGUUUGGCUAAGGACGUCCUGGCCGAGAUCCCAGACCAGCUGCUGUCCUUCAUGAAGAGCCGGGGAAUCGAACCCAGACCCGCCAUGUCCACGCCCCCCAUGCCAGAGCUGCACCCCCACAUGUGA